AUGGGUUUAACUAUUUCAUCGCUCUUCAACCGUCUUUUCGGCAAGAAACAGGUUCGCAUUUUGAUGGUCGGACUUGAUGCUGCCGGUAAAACGACAAUUUUGUACAAAUUGAAGCUUGGAGAGAUUGUCACAACCAUCCCAACCAUUGGAUUCAACGUCGAAACUGUUGAAUAUAAAAACAUCUCAUUCACUGUAUGGGACGUUGGAGGUCAAGACAAGAUCCGUCCAUUGUGGAGGCAUUAUUUCCAGAACACCCAAGGACUUAUCUUUGUGGUUGAUUCCAACGAUCGUGAGCGUAUUGAUGAAAGCAAGGAAGAAUUGCAUAAAAUGCUCAACGAGGAUGAGCUUCGCGAGGCUACACUUCUUGUUUUCGCUAACAAGCAGGAUCUUCCAAAUGCCAUGACCGCCGCAGAAUUGACAGAUAAGCUCGGUCUCCAUACGCUUCGCUCAAGACAGUGGUACAUUCAAGCCACCUGUGCGACACAAGGACAUGGAUUGUACGAAGGAUUGGACUGGCUUUCGAACCAAUUGUCCAAGGCAUAA